CCAUGAUAUGCUGACUUCCAUCUUGCCGGCUAGCCCACUCUACAUAAAUGCCGAUAUACCCGAGCAUAUAGUAUUGUGCAAACCCAGAUCCACCCGGCAAUGGUUUACCCAUGAACUUACCUGUGGAGAAUUCGCCACUGGACCGUACGAUCAAUGGCUACCAUUGUCGAGAGCUAUGGUGUAAUUCGCAUGUGUAGACCUAUGGCUCGGAUCUGCCGAGAGGCUCGGACUAUUGCCUGUACCUGCU